AUUCUCCUCCGGUUUUUUUUCGUCCAACAGUUUAAAAAAACUUUAUUUAACACAAUUUAGACACAAAUAAUACCGUUGAAGAAAAGACUAAACGACAGAUGAACAAGCCUAUUAGACACUAAACCACUUAUUAUUUAAAUGUUAUAUAACUAUGCAGUUUUGUUCGGAUUUGAGUUCUUAUGUUUUCACUUCUUCUGUUAAUAUUUCACACAGUUUUUAACCUUAAAGAUGUAAACUGAUAUAAUGACAACAACACAAAUUAUUAGUUAAUUGUACUUAUAUUAUCUGGAAAAUGUCUCCUUCAUAAGCAAAAGUUUUGAUAAUUUCCUAAGCUGAAUUAAAAAAAGUUACAGGUGGAAUAUUUAAUGAUGCUGCAUUUAGAAUAUUUCUCAAAUUACCAAGAGGGAGGAGUGCUAGUGCAGUGAUCCAUUUCUAUUUUAAAUUAUCUUUUAAAUUCCAUUUACAUUUUAUGGAUUUAAUAAAUUCACGAUGCAUUACUUUCCAUUCUUAUCGUAGAAAGAAAUCUUUCAAAUAACCGUGAAGCCAGCCCGCGGUUUAAAACAAUGCCCUACAUCUAACUAAACAUGCGAGCAAUCAUAAAAUAAGUGACAAAGUUUUAUUUAUUUAUUUUUUGUUACUUUUUCCGGUGUACCCAAAAAGUCAAUAACGGUCUGAUGACGUAUUUCCGUUAUUGCUGUGGAGCAGACUAAACAAACAUGGCUCUGUGUCAGACAUCAAGCCUUCAUGAUACGUAGAUAAAUGAUCAAUGAGUAAAUAUGCCACGGUUAAUAAGAAAACAAAGCCUCAUAAACAGCGUACAUGAACAGUGUUAGGCUAGUUAGUUCAGCGUCUCCUUUUUGUGACCGUGUUUACACUUUGCUAACUCUCUGGUUGGCUAAUGUAAGCUAGCAAAGAUGGACCUUGGCACAAUGUUGUACAAAAAUUUAAAAGAUGUCACCUGGAGCUCGACGGCCCUGCCGUUAGAUCACCUGGUCGGUGCGUACAGGCUGCCGCAGAUUGUCAAGCUGGAUGACGGUCAGCUGGUCGAAGGCCUCAGGGACAACGACUACCUCUUGAUUCAUUCCUGCCGUCAGUGGACGACUAUUACCGCUCACAGUCUGGAGGAGGGACAUUACGUCAUCGGGCCCAAAAUAGAGAUUCCAGUUCACUACGAAGGUCAGUUUAAGCUUCUGGAGCAGGACAGAGAUGUGAAGGAGCCGGUGCAGUACUUCAACAGCGUGGAGGAGGUUGCCAAAGCAUUCCCAGAGAGGGUUUACGUCAUGGAAGAAAUAACGUUUAAUGUUAAGAUGGCUUCAGGUGAAUGUAAUGAAGACACUGAAGUUUACAACAUCACUCUGAGCACAGGGGAUGAACUGACACUAAUGGGGCAGGCGGAGAUCCUCUAUGCAAAGACCUCCAAAGAAAAAUCAAGAUUCAACACCAUUUUCAAAAAGAUCGGGAAGCUAAACUCGAUCAGUAGGAUCGGGCGGGGAAAGAUGCCGUGUUUGAUCUGCAUGAACCAUCGCACCAACGAGAGCAUCAGCCUGCCGUUCCAGUGUAAAGGCAGGUUCAGCACGUGCAGUCCGCUGGAGCUCCAGAUGCAGGACGGCGAGCACACCAUCAGGAACAUCGUGGAGAAAACCCGCCUCCCUGUGAACGUCACAGUGCCCGGCAGCCCACCCCGCAACCAGCACGACCUCCACCUCAUCCGCGAAGGUCACCGCUACAAACUGGUUAACAUUCAGACCAAGACUGUGGUCGUAUGCUGCAUCCUGCGAAGCAACAAAAUCAUCCCCACCCACUUUCCCUUCCACAUGGCCAUGCCCAGGUUCAUUAUUCCAGAGGAGCUGCUGCAGGGCGAGCUGUGGCUGGACACCAUGGUGCACCGCUGGUUCUCCUUCUGCCAGGAGCAGUUCAACAUAGACGACUACUCUCGAGCCGUCAGGGACGUGCGCACGGACUGGAACGACGAGGGUAAGAGCCCCAAGAAGAGCAGCGGGAAUGGAAGCUGCAGUGGAAGCAGCGGAGGGAGCUACACCAACGGCUGUCCCAACCAAAUGCACAUUCCCAGCUCUUUAACCUACGCCCGCGAUGAACUCACGCAGUCAUUCCACAGACUCUCUGUGUGCGUGUACGGCAGCAACCUGCACGGGAACAGUGAGGUGAACCUACAGGGCUGCAUGACUCUGUGUGGAGACUGGGCUCCGCUGCCGUCUGACUGCAUAGACUCAGGAGAGAACGAACACUUUUUCCCCGAGCUGGCGGACAGCUCAAACCAACAACGGUCCCUCGACAAGCCUGACGUCCCCUACGAGGAGCUGUGGUUGGAUCACCUGAGAGGGCAGAUCCCUAAACCUUCUUCAAGUGAGGGACUUCGAGGUGUCGACAACGUCUGCUCUUCAACAGCAGCUCUGUCACUCCCGGUCACGUGUCCCGUCAGUGCAGCGACCAGUUCAGAUGUUUCUCUUACUCCACCACCCGUCCCACCCAAGUCCGAGGCUGUGAAGGAAGAGUGCCGUCUAUUGAACGCUCCCCCGAUUCCUCCCCGCAGUUUGAAACAGAUGCCGUCAGUCCCUGUCCUGACGAAGCCUCGGCAGCAGGACACUCGUUCUCCGAGUCCAACCCUCUCCUAUUACUCCUCUGGUCUCCACAACAUUAGUGGAACGAGUGAGCCAGAGGCAGCUGACCCUCAGGAGCAGAGUCCUGUGUGCUACCCCUGUAACUGGGCUACGUCCAGCAGCACUGAACCAAACACUAUGCUGUCCAGUGGCAGCCUGCCGUCUGACGGGAAGUCCUCCAGGUUGUCUUGGCCGAAUAACUUCAGCGGAGGAGAAUCCCACGGUGUGGAUGAGUUCCUGCCAGCCAGCUGUCGGAGCUACUACAGCUACCCCAGAAAGAGAACCCCGAGCACCCCAAAGACCUGCACGUCCAGCCUGGUGGACUUUGAUGGCAGAGAGCAUGCACACAGCAGUAAGGACUUCAGGCUGCAGGAAGCCUCUCUCAACCAGUUCUGCACCAAAUCUUCAAGUUACAAUUCAGAGAUGUACAGAGACAAACGGAUAGAAGAGUCAAACACUAAGCAGAGCCGCUCUUGCCCCAUUUUACCUCCCAGGACUCCAAAAUCGAACGCUGUAAAGAAGUGCGUGGAUUUACCGACAGGAUCGAUCUGUGACGGCCCACAGGAGACAUCGACCAGCUCUCCGACUCAGACAGAGCCGGGCACUAAAGAGAUAUUUUCCAUUUCCAACACAUUAACUCCGGACUGCCCGUCCUGGCAGCCCCCGUCCUGUCUGUCGGGUCUGUCCAUCGAGGAGGUUUCUAAAUCUCUGAGGUUUAUCGGACUGCCAGACGACAUUGUGUCUCUGUUUGUGUCCGAGAAGAUCGAUGGGAAUUUACUCCUGCAGCUAACGGAGGAGAUUCUGUCUGAGGACUUCAAGCUGAGCAAACUGCAGGUGAAGAAACUGAUGCAGUUCAUUAACGGGUGGAGGCCAAAGAUCUAACUAAGAGUAUGUGACACUAAACCCUGUGAGGACACAGAGACGGCUAUGCCUUCAGUAUAUAUGCUAAGUAUGCAGACACACACACCAAGACACACAGUUUGUUUUUGUACUACAUGAAUGAUUUCCUGGUUCCUUUAAUGUGUGGGAGACUCGCUCCUGUUUGAAGUCUGUGACUGUGAAUCAUCGGGCACUUUCAUGAAGGCGUUUUCAUGUCGGCUUCUUCUUAGUACUUUUCACCCAAAGUCUACAACGUGUUCAUCAACAAACAAGGCGCUUAUUUAAAGUAAAAAACAUCUGACACAACAAGGACGAGAAAAAACACUAAAGCCCAGUUUCCACCUAGCAGUCCGGUUCAGUUCGGUACGGUCCACAUUUAUUGUCGUUUCCACCGUCAAAAGUUGGGAAGGGUACCAAAAUAACCGAUUUGUACCGUCCUACUUUUUUGCUACCUUUCUGUUGGGGUGCCAAGGGUACUGAUCCGUCCCUAAAAGAGCUAGGCACACUGCAGUCUGUUGAUUGGUUGAACUUCCCGUUCGACAGUGGUUAUAAAGGACAAACAAAACCCUCCAUGUUUAAAUAUCCUGUGAAUUUGAAGAGAGUCAUUUCAAGGCUGUUUUUCUUUUUUUUUUGUGACCACUGUCAGCUCGUAGCUCCGCCCCCAUGGACGACCUCUGAGAUGCAGACUUACCAAGGAAUCAUUGAUUUUUGUUUACUGUAUCAUGUUCUUCUUCUUAGUUGGAUUUAUUGGCAGUCUAAGUGAUGUGUUAGGGUACAGUUGGCUGUGGAAACGCAAGCAAGAUCUGGAUUUACUGAACCAAACCGCUUGGUGGAAAUGUUGCUUAAAUACAUUUUAAUGUUAGAAUAUCACAACAUCCUUUAAGUCCUAGACUUUUAAAAGAUCACAAAACAACCAGAGCUGACUAAUGGACUAUGAGCCGUAUGUGGAUGGAUUUAAUUAGCAGAGCUGUAACAUUGUUGUAGUUCAGUCAGAUGUGAAAUAAGGAGGAGGAGCGCGGAGUUAAUUCCUGCAGACUUCUCACAGGGUCACUUAUAGAGGAUGUUGCUGCAAGGUCUUUCUCAACAUCCUUUUCACUCCCUCAGUCUUAAAGUAGGAACCAGCUCGCAGGUUUUAAAACACCUAGAGCGGCUAAGCCUAAACCUUAAAGCCACUGAGGGGCUAACAUAAACGGGCUAAUCUAGCCUAUUAAUGGACGCGCUUGCCGGCUUCGCUCCUGAGCGUAAGAAUUCGAAAUAAGACAGUCCAAUAUCUUCUUCGUUUAUAUUUAUUUCUCAUUCCAUCGUUUUCUUGAUCACUGUCACGUGAGCUGUUCAAUCAAUAAUCCAGACAUUUCCAUUCACUCCUGUUACCUCAUAGCGUGGCUUACAGCGGUCAAAAAAGUUUAAUUGCUCCCCGUCUAGCAACACCUGACACCCCAGUGAUAGUUCCUACAUAUAUAUAUAUACACACACACACACACACACACACACACACACACUUCCUAAACAUGGCUCCUACAAUACCGUUAAACUUGUCUUCAGGGUGACUCUGACAUCUUUCAACCUGAAGCUCGUUUCGUCCACAUAGUGGGGUUGAAAUGGUUAAUAGGUACAAAAGUUUCAGAAAACACGAGUCAUUCAUUCAGCUGAGUCCUUUAAGGCGACUGUUCCCGAUCAAAGUGCUCAGCGUGUGUCGGGUAAUGGGUAACAUCAUACAAGGUGAACAAAUUAGAGAAGCAGCAACAUCAGGGGAGCAGCUUAGCUCAGAGUGGUAGUCGAGUGGUCUCUCACUGAGGACAGCAUGCAAACCUGUGUCACGCCCUGCGCACGCACACACACGCGUACACACACGCGUACACAAACACACACACCCACACACACGCGCGUACACACACGCGCG